AUGCUAAAAGAAAUUCCCGAGAGGUAUCACGAUUGCGUGCACCUGAAGGGUGAAUUAGAUAAGGGGAAGGGUGAAUCGCACGUGUUUGAUCCUUCGUAUAUAAUAGAUCAAGUUCGAAAUAGAAUGGGAAAGGGAAUGAAGGAGAGAAAAGCCAUAGAAUUUUUCAAUGGUAUACGUAUUGUUUCGUCAAUAUCGUCAACGUCAACGUCAUACAAAUACAGAUUAAAAAUUAGAAAUCUAAUAUUAGAAGCAUUAGGAUUAUUACUUUGCGAUAACGUUCGUCGUAUUUCUACAAAGCCUAGGAAAGAUAAAGACAAGUCCGCGUUGGCCCAAGGCGAUGGGUGCAAUUUAGGCGACGAGGAUGAGGACCAGGACGAGGAUGUGGAAGAGGAGGAGGAGGAGGAGGAGGAGGUGGCGGAGGAGGUGGCGGAGGAGGUGGCGGAGGAGGUGGACGAAGAGGAGGACGAGGAAAAGGACGAGGAGGAGGACGAACGUUUCGAUGUUCAUCCAUCGAUGAAAACGAGAGGACGUUGA